AUGUUCUCAUGUAACAGAUAUAUUUUCGCUGAUAAAGCAAUGCCGCAAAGAAUUUUCCGGCUUCUUCACCGAGCCAGAACAAGAUCACAGCGGAGGCGGGUCUAUGCCUGGAUUGUUGUGUUUUCUCUCUUCCUCAUCCUCAUUCUGUAUGCUCAGCACUCAUCAGUCAUCACCUUUUCACAAGUUGUCUCGCGGGAAGAGGUCAAGGCUGAGUUGUCCCUCACUGCAGACGCUAACGGGGAUCGUAGAGGUCCAGAUUUGAAACUGUUAAACACAGACGAUAACAACAACAAUAAUAAUGGUAAUGUUAACAAUGUAGAUGAUUACGCUGAUGACAGUAGAGCUGAUCUGCUGCCUGAUUUAGCCCCACCCAUUAUUCACUAUAUCUGGUGCGGAAACAAGCAUUUUGAAUUCAGGCAUUAUUUGAGCAUUAAAAGAGCUGAUGACAUUAUCAGACCUGACAAAAUAUUCUUCCACUACCAAGAACUGCCGAAGUCUGACUCUGAGCAGUACUACACCUGGUUUAACCAGACAGUCGCUGGAAACGACCACAUCGUCCUGAAAUACCUCAACCGGUCAACUUGCCCUGAGUCAGGAGCAGAACGAUAUAUGCUAGUUUUGAGUUUGCUAGAAUAUUUCGGUGGCAUUUUUAUACCCGAGGAUGCAAUUCUAGUGGAUUUUCCGCUUCAUUUGCGGUCUGCAGGGUUCAUGUCGGGAGUUGUGGCCAAGACUCUUACAGAAUAUUUGGAUGGCAUUAUUGUGGCCAAGAAGAAUGGCUUUAUUAGCCCGUCUAGUCAGAGUGGUCUCAACGUGGUCCUGGCCUCUGGUCGGUCAGCGGCUCAGGGCACCAUCAAACCUUGUGGAACAAUUGAACACUUCAACACAGAAGAGCAAGGCGACUGUAUCUGCGUGAAGUCAAGAUUCUCCACUCUGACUCGAUUGGCUGCUUAUGGAGUUGGCGAGGUGAGACCAAAGUUUAGUCAGAAAAGCACGAUUCCGAGAAUAGCCCACUACAUUUGUUGGGACUGUGAAGUGAAAUUCGGCCCAUACUUGAGCAUUCUAAGUGCCUUAUACAUCGCUGGUUUGUCCAAGGUUUACAUUCAUGGCGUGAAACAGCCGACCGGAUACUGGUGGAAAAAGUUGCAAGAAACCCAGAAAGUCAUUCACGUGUACCGAGAAUACCCAGAACAUUCUAGCAACAGAGCCACCAUGACACAAGAAUUGGCAGAAGGGAUUAUGAGAUUAAGCAUACUUCUGAAGUACGGAGGUGUGUACUGCGACAGUAAAGUCAUCUGGACCAAUAUUAUUCCUGAAGAUCGUUUCAGUUACGAAGCAGUGGCCUCUCCGGACUGGAGUCUGUAUGGUUCAUGGCCCGACUCAAUCUCUCACACGACCAUCAUGGCCAAGAAAAACUCUGAAUAUCUGCUCAAGUUGAGAAAUCUACAUUCACAGAAUCCCAGACAGCAAUUUUGGUUUGUGGAUCAAUUCUUGGCCUAUAAGAUGUUGGAGAGGAAACCAGAGCUUAUGUUUUUAGACAGACAUUUGCAGGUUAAAUGUCUCAACCAAAACUGUCAUCCAACCUGGCAACCAGGAUAUCGGGCACCUUUGAAUGAAAACCCUCAAGGGGCAGCCUUUAACUGGCAGAAUGACACACUGAGUGUACACUGGGAUGUGUUCCCAGACCUGGAGCUGGAGACGGUCAAAUACACCAGUGGACCAAUAGUAGAGGCAGCCAGGCGGAUACUACACAAAUCUGGGGUGUCCAUACAAGACCUGAAUAAUCGAUAA